CAAGCAUUGAUAUCAGUUGUACUUUACGUUGCACUUGAUCUGACCAAAGCUUGGCAAACUCACUAAAAGCCUCCCAUAUCCGCAUUGAAUUUAUUCUAAAAUCUAAUAAAAUCGAUACCUGCUGCUACAUACGCGAAAUUGGCCAAACCGGUGCAGAAAAGUGCUUUGGAACAAAAGAAGCAAUAAUAAUUUACCCCGCAUGAAUACUAACUAGGCUCCUGGACAAUUUCGGUAUAAAAGCCAUGGUUCCCGAUUCCCGACUUAUCAGUAAACGGUGGAAACUUAUCCGAGUGUCACAUAAGUUUAGCUCCAGAAAGUUUGCUGAACUAGAUUAAAUCGACGAAUUCAGGACGUGUGGUUUUGCGUUUGAGUUGAAAGGGUAGUUCAUUGCUCUGGGAAGUGAAAAUCUAAAAAAAAUGAUGAAAGUGGUGCUUAUUUUGGCGGUUUUCUGUGGCAUUAGUGCUGGGUACUCGAUCCCCAUGCGAAAUGCUCUGAUGUACUACCGGCAAGCGAUGCCUUUCUACAUGCCCUAUCCGAUGUAUGGAUAUCAGUUCCAGAAUCAACAGCUGCAGAACCAACGCCGAUCGUCUGGAGUGGCCACAUUUGCUGCUGGAAAUCGAGUGGCAACGGGAACCUUCUUGAAGGAUUGCAAACAUACAGAUGUUGAGAGCACUGAGGAGGAGCACGGAAUUCAAGCGGCUGCAGAUGCCUAUCCCGGCGAACAGUUCCCAGUGGAAGAUGAAGUUCCCGGAUUCAGUGAUCAGGAAUCCGAUGAACCGAUUGCCGAGGAGCCAGUUGCUCUCCCGGUAGCUCCAGUGGCUGUUCCAGAUAAGAAGAAGAAAGUUACCGUUCAGCUGGAUUCCGAGGAGGACGAGGAAGAGGUCGAGGUCAGCCGUCGUGGUGCAGGACGUCCGGCACCUCCAAGUCACAUGUUCCCCAUCAACUUCGGAAGCACCAACGGUGGAGCCAUUGCUAUUGCCAACUCUUACAGCACCGGAAAGGGAGGAUCAGCUCAGAGCACAGCAACUGCCUACGGAAGUCCAGCUGCGGCCGAGUUGAGAAAACCAGCUGUCGGUCAACUGCGGAAGAAACCGGUCAAGCUCCGUGCAGUUCGGAAGUAUUAGAUCUAGGGAGGGUUUGGUGAAUGUUCGGAUGGUUGCCAGUGUUCUCAGUGAUAGGGAUUCUUAAUUUAAUAAGCUCAAAUUGAUUACACAUAUUUCAAUGGUUGGUAGCGCUAAAUAUAAUUUAUUUUUAAAGGA